AUGCCUGCCGCAAAGACUCAGUCCCAUUUCAAACCCAUCCAAAAAUUCAAACUCGAUUAUGCUCCUAUCGGUAUUGCUCAGUAUGAAUCCGAACGUACUGGCAUGCGUGUCGUCGUUGUGGACCAAAAGGGUCCCAAGGUCUAUGGUUAUUUUACUCUAGCCACCGAAAUCCAUGAUGAUUCGGGUUCGCCGCAUACUCUUGAGCAUCUUUGUUUCAUGGGUUCCAAGAGUUAUCGCUACAAGGGCGUCCUCGAUAAGCUCGCCACUCGUGCUUAUUCCAACACGAAUGCCUGGACCGCCACUGAUCACACCGCCUAUACUCUGGAAACUGCUGGAUGGGAGGGUUUCGCUCAAAUUCUUCCCGUCUACCUCGAGCACGUGCUUGUGCCCACUUUGACUGACGCUGGAUGUUACACCGAAGUUUUCCACGUUGAUGGUACUGGUCAUGAUGCUGGUGUCGUCUAUUCUGAGAUGCAGGGUGUUCAAAACCAACAGGGCGAGCUUAUGGAGUUGCAAGCAAGACGCCUGAUGUACCCAGAAGGCGAUGGCUUCAGAUACGAGACUGGCGGUAUGAUGGAACAGCUCCGCGUUCUCACGGCUGACCGCAUCCGAGAGUUCCACCGUGAGAUGUACCAGCCCAAGAACUUGUGUCUGGUACUCAUUGGUGAGAUCGACCAACCCGAGCUCUUGCAGAUUCUUGAUGAGUUUGAGGGCACCAUCAUGGACGAUAUUCCGUCACCUGAAACCCCUUUCCAACGUCCUUGGGUCGAGUCCAAGCGCACACCGCCACUCAAGAAGACCAUUGUGGACACUGUGAAGUUCCCUGAAGAUGAUGAAUCCAUGGGUGAGGUGCUUGUUGGCUUCCUCGGUCCCGACUGCAAUGAUCAUCUGCAGGCAUCCGCGCUGGGCAUCAUGCUUAUCUAUCUUUGUGGCUCUUCGGUCUCUGUUCUGGAAAACACCUUGGUCGAGAAGGAACAGUUGUGCAGCAUGAUCUAUUACUCAACUGAUGUGCGACCCGACAUUGCUUUCUGGUUCAACCUGAGUGCUGUCGAGACUGAGAAGCUCGCCGAUGCCGAGAAACGUUUGUUUGAGGUUCUCAAGGAGACUGCUUCUAAGAAUCUUGAUAUGGGCUACAUGAAAGACUGUCUCAGUCGUUACCGCAGACAACUGAAGUUCAAGUGUGAAAGCACAGGAGACUUCUUUGCUACUCCUAUCAUCGAAGAUCACUUGUUCGGUAACAGAGACGGCAAGGAUCUCCGCGAACUCGAGACUCUCAAGGACUUGGAUGUCCUUGAAGGAUGGUCAGAUCAGCAGUGGAGAGACUACCUCUCGAGGUGGUUCGCAGACGCCCAUCACGUUUCCAUUCUUGGUGUACCUUCGAAGGAGUUGUCUAAGAAGCUCAAGACUGAUGAGAAGGCCAGAGUCAAGGCUCAGAAGGAGAGACUCGGCGAGAAGGGUUUGAAAGAGCUAGCUGAGAAGCUGGAGCAAGCCAAAGCUGAGAACGACAAGCCAAUCCCAGAUGAGGUUCUGUCACAAUUCCCCGUACCUGGAACCUCGUCCAUUCACUUCAUUCCGACAACCACUGCUAGGGCCGGCAGAGCUAGACAGAUGGGCAAGCUCAACAAUGACAUCCAACAGAUUGUCGACAAGGACGAUUCUGACAUUCCUCUCUUCAUCCACUUCGAACACAUCCCUUCAAACUUUGUUCGUACGAAGCUGGUCAUGUGCACUGGUUCGCUGCCUACAGAGCUCAAGCCACUUCUUGCAGUGUAUCUGUCAAACUUCUUCAUGACCCCUAUUACGCGCGAUGGGAAGCGUAUUGAAUUUGAGGAUGUAGUCACUGAGCUUGAGAAGGACACUGUCGACUACGACAUUACCUCAGGCCCUGGUAACGGCGAACUUUUGCAAAUAACUUUCCAGGUCGAAGCCGAAAAGUACUCAGCCAUGAUCGAUUGGCUUCGUACCACUCUCUUCAGUUCCAUCCUGGACAAGGAGAGACUACAAGUUGCCAUUACCAAAAUGCUCGCCGAUAUUCCUGACGAGAAGCGCAGUGGUAUGGACAUGGCUACAGCAGUAGACUCGAUGAUCCACCUUACCAGAGACUCGAGUAGCCGCUCGAGAAACACUCUCGUUAAAUCUGUCUAUCUCAAGCGCCUGAAGAAGCACCUGGCCAAGGAUCCUGAGUCCGUGAUCUCUCGUCUGAAGACAUGUAUCGACACACUCCACAAGCCUUCCAACUUCAGAGUCUACGUCGCAGCAAACAUGCACAACCUUGCGAACCCUGUGUCAUCUUGGAAGUCUCUGCUCAGCGACCACAAUGACAGCGCUCCCCUGCAACCACUCGACUCCCGCAAGUCUAAGCUCAGCGAAAUUUCCAAGAACCCUGGCAACACAGCUUACAUUGUCCCACUGUCCACCAUCGACUCUUCAUACGCACUCCUCACCUCUCGCGGUCCAGAUAGCUGGUCUCACCCCGAUCUGCCUGCGCUCAUGGUCGCUCAAUCCUACCUCGAUGCCGUUGAGGGCCCUCUGUGGACAGCAGUCCGCGGCACAGGUCUCGCCUACGGCACAGGCUUCUCUCGCUCCACCGAUGUUGGCCUGUUGACUCUACGUAUUUACCGCUCUCCCGACACAUUCAAGGCCUUCACGGCCGCCAAGAAGGAAGUCGAGAACUAUGCCACUGGCGCCACACCUUUCGACAAAUUUGCCCUCGAAGGCGCAGUCAGCAGUAUCAUCAUGGGUUUCGCAGACGAACAACCCACCAUGGGCAGUGCAGCCAAUCUAUCGUUUGUCAAUCAAGUCAUCAGAGGCAUUCCCAAGAACUGGAAUGACGAAAUGUUGGAAAAGGUUCGAAAGGUGUCGGAAGAGGAAAUCAAGGAUGUGCUCAAGAGACUUAUCAUGCCUAUCUUUAAUCCCGAGACUACUAAUUUGGUGGUUACUUGCGCUACUAUCAUGGAAGAGAACCUUGUCAAGGCUUUCACGGAUGCGGGUUUCAAGCCUGAAGUCAAGUCUCUCUCAGAUUUUGAAGACGAUUACGGACUCGAGAACAUUGAAGGUGAUGAUGACGAAGAAGACGAUGACGAGGAAGAAGAGGAAGAUGGCAGUGAAGACGGUAGCGAGGGAGAAGAUGAUUCCUCUGAAGGUGAAGAUGAUGAAGAGUAG